AUGGCUAAUUUUGAAGAGCAAAUUGGUAUUCUUCAGCAGAUGGAAAAAGCUCGAGAAGCUAUCAAACGAAAAUAUAAUAGUUUAAAAUUAAGUAAAUUAGAUGCUGAACAUGUGGCAAAUACUACUUUUAAACCUAUUGUUGAACCACUUGAAAAAUUGAUUGAUAUCACAGAAACGCAGAGUAAAGUUUCAAGAAAAAAGGUUAUAAAAGAUUCUAAAACUAUGGAUCAACGGCAUCAAGUUUUGGAAGAAUUGCAUAAGCCUGCUCGACUAAUUGAUAUUUUUUCCAAAUAUGCAUGGGCAGUUCCAAUCAAGCAGAAGACUGGAAAAGAUGUAGCAGCAGCGAUGCUGUCUAUUUUGAAGCAAGGACGCGUUCCGAAAAAUUUACAAACUGAUCGUGGCAAGGAAUUCUAUAAUAAGGAAUUUGAAAAUCUCAUAAAACGAUAUAAAAUACACUUGUACUCUACCUACAGCAAUCUGAAAGCUUCAAUCUGUGAACGUUUUAAUCGUACACUUAAAACUCGAAUGUGGAAACUGUUUAGUUUGAAUGGAAAUCAUAAAUGGUUGCAAAUUUUAUCAAGUUUAUUAAAUCAAUAUAAUGAUACUAAGCAUCGAACAAUUGGCAUUAAACGUAGAAAUGUCACAGUUGAUCCAAAUCCAUUAUUUAAAUGUGCUAAAUUCAAAGAAGGUCAUAGAGUUCGAGUAAGUGAAAGUAAACAGAUUUUUGAGAAAGGUUAUACACCCAACUGGUCUACUGAGAUUUUUACUGUUGAUCGAGUACAUCAUACGAGUCCAUAUACUUAUCUCUUGAAAGACUAUCAAAAUCGACCGAUAGCUGGAGGAUUUCAUGAAGAAGAACUACAAAAAACGAAGUGUCCGGAUGUCUAUUUGAUAGAAAAAGUUGUUAAAAAGCGCUGUAAUAAUUACUAUGUAAAAUGGUUAGUAUUCGAUGAUACACAUAAUAGUUGGAUAAGUAAAAAUGAUUUGUAA